CAGGCCAGGUAAGUCUUUCUGACUUGACCGAUGCGGUACUCUAGAGAACUCACACUAGGUUCUGUACCACUUUCCAGUUGGCCGUCCUGGCUGUCAUAUUGUCGCUCUCAUCAUCGGCCCUAGCAUCUCUAUGCCGCUGCAACGCCUUUGCAUUGCAUUCAAAUUUCUCUGGGUUACCCGGAGCAUCUCGCAUCUCUCUAUCAGUCUCGCCGACGCGCUAGCUUUGCAUCACAACAAGAAACGUAUUGCUACUGACAACUGGCAUGCAUUUAUGAACGUGGAGCGCACUUCUCAGACAAACACUGCACUGCGUGGAAAUAUUUCCUUGAAUAUGUGCAGGCUUUAUUCAUGUGCUCAGUGGUAUCAUGAUAUAGGUAUUGCGCUCGUGUCAGCGACGAACGAAUGAGUAUAUGCGACUCCUUCGAAUUCCACGAUGUCAGCGGUCUUUUAUAUUUAUUGCAGCGACGGCAAAUGCGGAAACUAUGCAACCGCAGGCAGUGAUGAUCCAGCCAUCA